UGGCGCGGCGGUCACGUGACGGGACGGGGCGGUGCGGGAUGAUGGCGACGCUCGUAUCGCGGCGCGGCGGUUCGGCCGCCAGAGGCCUGGCCCUGGCCCUGGGCGCGCUGCGGCGGCGGCAGCACACGGCGGCGCCCGCGGAGCUGCCCGAGACGCACCGUCUGCUGCGCCGGACCUGCCGCGACUUCGCCGAGCGCGAGCUGGUGCCCGAGGCCGCGCGCCUGGACCGCGAGCACCGCUUCCCCGCCGCGCAGGUGAAGAAGAUGGGAGCCCUUGGGCUGCUAGCCAUGGAUGUGCCAGAGGAGUACAGCGGGGCAGGGCUUGAUUACCUGGCCUAUUCCAUUGCUGUGGAGGAGAUAAGCAGGGGCUGUGCCUCCACAGGGGUCAUCAUGAGCGUCAAUAAUUCUCUGUAUUUAGGUCCAAUAUUGAAGUUUGGCUCUGAAGAGCAGAAACAUAAGUGGAUCACACCCUUCACCAGUGGAGACAAGAUAGGGUGUUUUGCCCUCAGUGAACCAGGAAAUGGCAGUGAUGCAGGAGCUGCUUCCACAGUGGCAUCACUGGAUGGUGAUGAGUGGAUCCUGAAUGGCACCAAAGCUUGGAUCACCAAUGCCUGGGAUGCCUCUGCUGUCGUCGUAUUUGCUACUACAGACAAAUCCCAGAAACACAAGGGCAUCAGUGCCUUCCUGGUUCCCAUGCCAACCCCUGGGCUCUCACUGGGGAAGAAAGAAGACAAGCUGGGAAUCCGAGCCUCCUCCACCGCCAAUCUGAUAUUUGAGGACUGUCGGAUCCCCAAGGCCAAUCUACUGGGGCAGCUGGGGAUGGGCUUCAAAAUCGCCAUGCAAACCCUGGACACAGGCAGGAUUGGGAUUGCCUCCCAGGCCCUUGGAAUAGCUCAGGCAGCUCUGGACUGUGCUGUGGAUUAUGCGGAGAAGAGAGUGGCAUUUGGUUCACCCAUUACUAAACUGCAGGCUAUUCAGGCAGAACUUGGGAGUCUGGGGGAAGUAAGGCUCUGCCCUGAGGUGUUUGUGGCUGUUGCAGUUCAAGCUGGCAGACAUGGCACUAGCCCUGGAGAGCGCGCGCCUGCUGACCUGGAGAGCAGCCAUGUUGAAGGACAAUGGGAAGCCCUUCACCAAGGAAGCUGCAAUGGCCAAGCUGGCUGCAUCAGAGGCUGCAACUGCCAUUUCCCAUCAGGCUAUCCAGAUUCUAGGUGGGAUGGGCUACGUGACAGAAAUGCCAGCAGAGCGGCACUACCGUGAUGCUCGAAUCACAGAGAUCUAUGAGGGAACCAGUGAGAUCCAGAGACUGGUGAUAGCAGGUCAGCUGCUGAGGGAGUACCGGAGCUAAAGCAGCUAGUUGGAGAAGAAUCCAGUCUAAGUGCCUAAUAACCGGUGUGCAGAAGGCAGGAGGAGAGAAGGUGAAAAUGCCUUCGUCUGUCCACCGAUCGUUUUGGUAAUCAGGCUGAUCCUCUAUGGGAAAGGGAUUGGCCAACACACAAUUUGUCAAAAAAAUUUCAUGUCUUCUGGGUUUAUAAAUGUGACAAGUGAACGGCUCUACCACCCAGCUUGCCUUCAGAGUAAAAGAGGGUUCAGGGCUCUUAAAAGGGAGUGAGUGUUUGCUUUGACCAAGGCACUGACCAGCUGGUGUUAGAUGCUGCCACUACCUCAGACUCGCACACAGUUUACCAUCAUAUCUAAUUUUGCUAAGGAUGGCUCUGAUUUUGAUCUCUGAAUAACUGGUUGCAUUUAUUAGCCUUUCCUAUACCCGUCACAUUACUUAAAGGUAAUUUGCCCUCACCUGGUGCCAAUGACAAAGCUAAACUGAAAUGAUGGGGUUAAGUACUAGCUAAUGUGAAAAGUCCAAAUGGGAGAGGUAGCGUGUUCUGUUCUUGUAGAUUUUUGCUCUGACAGUAGGAAUGUAGCACAAAGGGAACUUCCUUAAAGGUUACUUACAUUGGGGUCAUGGGUACCAACUGAGAGUAAGGUCCAUUUGUACUACCCUAGACUGAUUGUUGCACUACCUCUUCAUGGUGGUUUUUAAUGAAUUGCACAUGUUGAA